CGUUAUCGCGACGACCUACAGUGAUCGAUCGAGCAGACACCAUCACGAGGCCACGAGCCUCGUCGAAAUUUCGCCAUGUGACGCUCGCGUCGUCGUGCUCCGAAAGCGCGGAGCACCGCAAAAAAAUUCCAUGUCGCGAAAUCACGUGUCUCAUCGGGGUUAACCAAUGACACUUGCCGCGCGCCGUCAGCCGUGCAGCAGUCGAGUAACGGUCCUUCGUCCGAGUGGACGUGCCUCGUCGUCGACGUGAUCGUCCUCAUCGUCAGUCCAGUCAGUCGUACAGGCACUGUCACACGUUCGUCACGUUGCUCCGGAUUCGACGUUAUGGGAUCCUGAUAGCAGACGCGUCCUCAACCUGCAAGCAAUUUUUUACGAGAGGAGGUGAUCCAGUGAUCCAUAGUGAUCCAGUGCCGUCGUCAUGGAUGGGAAAGUCUACACGAAGAAAGUGAAGAAUCCCAGAGAAGGCGCCAAUUUCCUCAGCGCCCUGACGUUCUCUUGGAUCCUACGCACUUUCUGGGUGGGUUACCGCAGAGAUCUUGAAGUAACUGAUUUGUACGCACCCCUUAAAGAGCAUACAAGUGGUAUUCUUGGUGUUAAAGUAUCGAAGGCCUGGGAGAAAGAAUGCGAGGCGUACAAUCGUCGGCUCGAGAAGAGCUCGAAGGGCGAGACCACCCGGAAGGAGAAAGAGCCCAGCCUGAUGAGAGUCCUCGUUAAGUGCUUCGGCCUCAAGGUCAUGCUGUACGGGAUCAUUUUGGCCAUUAUGGAAAUUUUACUCAGGGUGCUGCAGCCGAUUUUCCUGCGCCAGCUACUGCGUUACUACAAUUCUUGGGAGGUGAACGAAUUCGAAGCGUACAUGUACGCCACGGGUAUCAUCUUGUGCUCCGCCAUCAACAUCUUCGUCAUUCAUCCGUAUAUGAUGGCAAUCCUGCACAUGGGCAUGAAGAUCCGCGUGGCGUGCUGUUCGCUCAUCUAUCGGAAAGCGUUGCGGUUGACGAGGACCGCGCUUGGCGAGACAACGAUCGGCCAGGCGGUAAAUCUCUUAUCCAACGACGUCAACAGGUUCGACAUUAGCAUCAUAUUUCUGCACUAUCUAUGGAUCGGGCCUUUAGAGACUGUCAUCAUCACAUUCUUCAUGUACUACGUAUUUGAUAUCGGAUUGUCCGCCAUCUUCGGAGUCGCUUCCUUGCUGCUGUUCAUCCCGCUGCAAGGGUGGUUGGGCAAGAAGUCGUCGGAAUUGAGACUGAGGACCGCGAUCAGGACUGACGAGAGAGUGCGAUUGACAAACGAAAUUAUCAGCGGGAUUCAAGCUAUCAAGAUGUACACCUGGGAGGACCCGUUCAGCGCGCUCAUAGAAAAAGCGAGAAAGAAGGAAAUCAACGUUAUCAGAGGCACGUCGUACAUCAGAGGCGUCACCAUGUCGUUCAUUAUAUUUACCACGAGGAUGUCGCUAUUCAUCACGGUGCUCGCUUACGUGUUGUCCGGUUUUCAGAUAACGGCCGAGAAGGUGUUUAUGAUGACCGCUUAUUACAACAUUCUGCGUACGACGAUGACUGUCUUCUUUCCGCAAGGAAUAACGCAGGUCGCAGAGGCGUUAGUGUCCAUACGACGACUGCAAAAGUUUAUGCUGUACGACGAGCUGACAUCUCUCGAAGAUGUAGCGACAGAGAAAAAAGAGAAAAAGAAUCCGAAAGAGACAGAUGAUUCGAAAGAGGAUCAAGUCAAUCCGAAAGACAGUAGGGGGGAUACAAAGGAUAACUUGGUAAACUCAAACAAGAUCAAACAAGAGGUCGAUGCAGAGCAGUUAAAGUACAUCGAGCACUGCAUCGCUAUCGAGAACGCUAACGCCAAGUGGCUGGACUACGAGCGGGAAGAUACUCUGCAAAACAUUACGAUAAAAGUACGCCCGGGCGAACUCAUCGCCAUCGUCGGCCAGGUCGGUGCGGGCAAGACCAGCCUGCUGAAUGUCAUGUUGAGGGAGUUGCCUUUACAGGAAGGCUCCAUUCAGAUUAACGGCAAGGUCGCUUAUGCCAGUCAAGAGCCGUGGCUGUUUGCCGGAUCAGUGAGACAAAACAUUCUUUUCGGCCGGAAGAUGGAUCAGAUUCGAUACGAUCGCGUGGUCAAGGUGUGCCAAUUGAAGAGAGAUUUUGACCUGCUGCCUUACGGAGAUAAGACAAUCGUAGGCGAAAGGGGUAUCAGUCUUUCCGGUGGUCAGCGUGCGAGGAUAAACUUGGCGAGAGCCGUUUACGCCGAGGCCGACAUAUACCUCCUGGACGAUCCUCUGAGCGCAGUGGAUGCACACGUGGGCAAGCACAUGUUCGAGGAAUGCAUCGACAAGUAUCUACGUGGGAAAACCCGAAUUCUCGUGACACAUCAGUUGCAAUACCUGCGUAAUGUCGGCCGAAUUAUCGUCCUGAAAGACGGAGCCAUCCAGGCUGAAGGUACGUAUGAUGAAUUGGGUUCCAUGGGAGUAGACUUUGGUCGGCUGUUGGAGACUCAAGCGCAAAUGGAAGAGAAAACUUCCCGACCCCCCUCGGCUCCCCCGAGUCGAAGUAAUUCGCGUACGGCCAGUAUCACGUCACUCAGCUCUUUCAUGACGAAUGAUACUUCUAAACAGGAACCGGACGAGGUAGCGGAGAUGCGGUCGACGGGCAAUGUCUCCGGUAAAGUGUACAACGGUUACUUACGCGCUGGCGGGAACUGGUGUGUGAUAUUCAUCAUCGCCAUGCUUUGCAUAGUGACGCAACUGGCUGCCAGCGGUGGUGAUUUCUUCAUCGCAGAGUGGGUACGAAUAGAGGAAAAGUACGGCGUGAAUGAAACACUCAAGGCAAGUCGUCCUCUUACUCGCGCGGAAUGCAUCUAUAUCUUCAGCGGGCUAACGGUGCUGACGAUCGGAGUUACCCUGAUCCGCUCAUUCGCCUUCUUCUGGACGUGUAUGCGCGCUUCUAUACGGUUGCACGAUCGAAUGUUCCGUAGCAUCAGUCGCGCCACUAUGCGCUUCUUCAACACCAAUACGUCGGGACGCGUGCUCAAUCGCUUCUCCAAGGAUAUGGGCGCUGUGGACGAGGUAUUACCCACCGCGCUCAUCGAUUGUCUCCAGAUCGGUCUGUCGCUGCUCGGUAUCAUCGUGGUGGUUGCUAUUGCGAACGUAUGGCUGUUGAUUCCGACGGUGAUCAUCUGCAUAAUUUUCUAUUACUUGAGAGUCUUCUAUUUGGCCACCAGUCGCAGUGUCAAGCGUCUCGAGGGUGUCACUCGCUCGCCGGUGUUUGCUCAUCUGAGCGCGACCCUGCAAGGACUGCCGACGAUCCGCGCGUUCGGAGCGGGCGAAAUUCUGACAAAAGAGUUUGAUCGUCACCAGGACCUACACUCGUCUGCAUGGUUCAUCUUUAUCGCGUCAUCCCGCGCCUUCGGUUUCUGGCUCGAUGUUUUCUGCGUGGUGUACAUCAUGCUGGUCACACUGAGUUUUCUCGUACUAAACAAUUACGCCCGCGGCUCGAUGGACGGCGGAUACGUGGGUUUGGCGAUCACUCAAAGUAUCGGUCUCACGGGCAUGUUCCAGUGGGGUAUGCGACAGAGCGCCGAACUGGAAAAUCAAAUGACCUCGGUGGAGCGUAUCCUUGAAUACAGCAAAGUGGAGAGUGAGCCGCCGCUCGAGAGCACCCCCGAUAAGAAACCCAAGUCCGACUGGCCGCAGGAGGGUCGGAUCGAGUUCAAGGGUAUAUCGUUGCGCUACGCGCCACUGGAGCCACCGGUGCUCAAGAACCUGAAUUUUGUCAUUUAUCCGCGCGAAAAGAUUGGUAUCGUCGGUAGGACCGGCGCCGGCAAGUCGUCCCUGAUCCAGGCGCUCUUCCGCCUUGCCGACAUGGAGGGCCCGAUCGAGAUUGACGGCAUAAACACGAGUGAAAUUGGUCUGCACGAUCUACGCUCCAAGAUCAGUAUCAUUCCGCAGGAGCCGUUUCUGUUUUCCGGUACGCUGAGACGGAACCUCGAUCCCUUCGACUCGUACACGGAUCACGUACUCUGGCAAGCACUCGAGGAGGUCGAGCUGAAGGAGAUGGGCCUAGAGGCUCACAUCAACGAGGGUGGCUCCAAUCUGAGCGUCGGCCAACGGCAACUUGUCUGCCUGGCACGCGCCAUUGUUAGGAACAAUCCGAUACUCGUGUUGGACGAAGCAACGGCCAACGUGGACCCGCGAACGGAUGAGCUUAUCCAAUCGACAAUCAGGCUGAAAUUCGAAAAGUGCACGGUACUCACGAUUGCCCAUCGACUCAACACCGUCAUGGACAGCGAUCGCAUUCUGGUGAUGGAUGCCGGUACUGCGGUGGAAUUCGAUCAUCCUCACAUAUUACUGCAGAAAGAAUUGGGCUACCUGAAGAGCAUGGUGCUGGAGACUGGCAAAGCGAUGGCGGAAGCCCUCGCUGGUGUUGCUCGUGAGAGCUAUCAGAAUCGUGCGUCCACGACGCUCUGAUGCGUUCCUCGACAUUGAUCGCAAGUACUUAGUCGAUAUUGCCGUGUUCAAAAGAGAAGCGUUCGCAUAUUAGAGAAUUCUCGUGCAAAUAUGAGGCUUCAGGAUUUAAGGGCUCCAAGAGUUCUCUCCAAGAAAGCUAUAUUUGUGUGUGUGUGCGUGCGUGCGUGCGUGCGUGCGUGCGCGUGUAUGUGUGUGCGCGAACGUUUUGAAGGAUUUGCAGAUUUUAGGAUCGUGCUAUAUCGGAUAGCACUGAUUAAAGUUGAAAGUUUUCAGAAUGGUGGAAGAUUAACAAAUUGAUGGUGAUAUUUACUACAAACUGCACCAUCUCGUCCAGCUGGUCUUUCUUUUCGUAAACACGGAUUCUUUGGCACUUUGAUGUAACUAUGCCGCCAUUGCAGUGCCAGUAUGGCAAACCUUGAGUGUUUUAAAAUACUGAUAACGACUUCCAACAAUCAAAAGCAGCACAGUAAUUGGCGUCACAGUUACAGUAUUAUUAAGUCACUUUUAGGUCAGUCAGUUUCCAUUAAAAAGUAUAAAGAGCUUAACUUGUUGGUUCACCGACAUCUCUUAUCUCAUCAAGCCUUGUCAAGUCGCGAAAACUGCCAUAAAGCCUUUUUUUUAGGGAAAACGUUCCUUAGUUAUUUAUACUUUUAAAUAGUCGAAAAAUAUUGCCGAAAAAUAGAAAACAAAGAAGAUAGCUUGAUAUUUGUAUGAGAGGAAGGAUUCGAUCUCCGAAGAACGCUUAACCGGUUACUCGGUCAGUGAACUAGCGAGUUGAAGAGAGCUGCAUCUUCUGUAUUGCGUAACAUACGAAAAAGAGCCUCCGCCUUCUACAGCGAUAAAUACAUAUGCCGACGUAUAAGGCGACGGGUUUGCGAGUCUCCGAUAAUUCUCGCUUUCUCCAGGUCAGUCUGUGUGUACCCGGUAAGUGUGUAUGUACAAUUUUGUAAGAAUCUACAAUGUUCCUCGUAUUGUUACAUUGAUGCUGCAAGUACAAGAUGGAUCAAAAAGAAGAGAAGCCUCUGUCCAAGUCUAGAGAGCGAAACGUAACGUACUUAGAUACAAUGCAUGAUGUGUCGGUAUGCUAUUCUUUUUUACUAUUAUCUUUUCAUUAUUUUCUUACUAUUGUAUUGUUAUAGUAAAAUGUAUUAUUAUUUGAAUUGUCGUGGUAUAUUCGGUCCUCGUGUAAAUAAUGCAAAAUCAAAAAAUAGCGAAAUCAAAGUAUACUUGAUGCCUUUGCAGAUGAUCGUGUUUUAUACUUGCGACUUUUUCAUCGAGCCUAAAAUACGAAAUAACAAUGUAUUACAUCGUACAGCGGGUGUCUCCGACCGAUCGCUUUACAUUUCAAAGCUUUAAUCUUUGAUAAAUGAUGCAUUUGCAAAAAAAAAAACGUAUAUAUUUGUCAGUGCUUUAUCAAGGAAUUGAAAUACGGAUCCUUUAAAUGUUGCAUCGCGCGUGUACAUCGUUGCCGAUAUUACAUCAGAUCAUGAUUGAGAUGUGCGACACUCUAUAUAGUAUUAUGCAAACUUGCGACCUAUUUUUAAUCCUUUUCCUGUUCGUUGUUACUCUUAUUAUUAUACUUGGAGACGGCAGUGGCAGGAAAGGGGUUAAAAACGGAAUUGAGAUUGCGAGGAUCCUGAUAGCAGAUUCGAGGAUACGUCUUGUACAUUGAAAUGUGACGUGUACGUAUCGUAAUCGCCACUAUCAAUAUUUAUUAUAUACGUAGAUAAAAGUGUAUUGUACUUUUAGGUAGAAACCAACUACAAUAUACCUUACGUACACAAGUGCCUAUAUAAUGUAAUCAUUGUAAAUGAAAUAUAAAUACAAAGGAUUAUUUAUG